CGGUCACACUCUCCUCCACGUGCGUUUGUUUGGCUUGUGCCGGCGCUAAAUUUAUUCGAAUUUCCUAAAAAAAUUAACUAGAAAAACCCGCCUGGAAAUGGUAUUCUUCACGUGCAACAUAUGCGGCGAGUCCGUGAAGAAGCCGUCGGUGGAGAAGCACUACCAGACGCGUUGUCGCGGCAAAGACAAGAACGUUUCCUGCAUGGACUGCCUCAAAGACUUUUACGGCGAGGAGUACGUUGCCCACACGAAAUGCAUCUCAGAGGCCCAGAAGUACGCCAACCAAAAUCAGAGUUUUGUGGCCAAGGAGUCGCGCAACAAGAAUGCACAGAAACAGGAGAGCUGGAUGGACAUCAUCCGUGCCAUUCUAGACAGCAGCGAAUACAACCUGACGCCAGCGCUGCGCACGGCCUUCCAGCGGCUGCAGAGCGUCGACAAUGUGCCCCGAAAGAAGGCCAAGUUCGAGAACUUUGUGGGCAACUGCAUGCGCAUGCCCCGACAGCAGGCCACCCAGGUGUGGGACAUACUCGAGAAGGAGCUCAACAAGAUGAAGGAGGCCAAGCAGGAGGAGCUGGCCAGGGCCAAGGCAGCCAAGGAGGCGUCUCAGAAUGGCAAGGCCGAGAAGAAGAACGGCACGAAGGAGGUGGAGUCGGAGGCAGAGGCAGAGGCGCCUCCCAAGAAGAAGUCAAAGGUGGCAGUCGAAGCGGAAGAGGAAGCCGCUCCCGAGGCAUCCGAAGGCAGCAGCAACGACUUUGACUGGCCCACUCAGCUGGCCAAGAUUGUGUCCAAGCAGGCUGACGGCAUCUUUCUGGAGAAGCUGAAAAAGAAGCUGCUGAAAAAGUACUCCAAGCACGUGGCUGUGGACGAGCUGAGCGAGAAGCAGGCAAAGAAGUUCCACAAAAGAUUCGACAAGCAACUGAAGCUGUGUGCGACGCUGCGACUAGAUGGGGACCUGGUCAAGUCGUGCUAGCACUGAAGGAAGUCGUACAUAGGUUGACGAGUAGGAAAUAAAUGUUGUAAGCUGAACACGUA